AAAAAAAAAAAAAAGAAAGAAAGAAGAAGCAAUAAUAUCUGUAACCCUUUUCUUUGUGAAUCUGUUGCGCGUGAUCCCAUACAAUAAUAUUCAAAAUUGAUUUGAAAUUCUCAUCUUUCUCUUCUAGAACGUACAUUUGCCAUGGCUACGCUUAGCAGCAUCGCCACCCACAAACUCCCUCAACUCUCCCAAUCCAUCGCAGAAACCAAGAGACCCAACUGCCCUUCAACUGCCCUCUCCACCCAACUCUUCAACAAGUCCAACCCUUCAAACAAUUUCAGCUUCUCAACCCGGAAAAGACGGAACUGGGUAAUUGGGUCGGUCACAGAGGACAGAGAGGUGGCUCCAGUGAAGAAUAAUCUUGCUAAGGACGAAGAAAGCCUUUUGUUGCUCAGUGGGUCUGAAGAAUUUCAGCCUGUGUCUUCUUCCAAGGAGAGAGAAGAAGAUGAUGAUCAUGAUAGGUUGGUUAGCAAAGCUAUCAAUGCUACUAUUGUGCUUGGAUUUGGGACCUUUGCUGUCACCAAGUUGCUCACUAUUGACAAUGAAUACUGGCAUGGAUGGACCCUUUAUGAGGUACUAAGGUAUGCACCUGAACACAACUGGAUUGCGUACGAACAAGCUCUCAAAGAAAACCCUGUUUUAGCCAAAAUGACAAUAAGUGGGAUCGUGUACUCGCUAGGAGAUUGGAUUGCCCAAUGUUUUGAAGGAAAGCCUCUUUUUGAGUUUGACCGGAAGCGUAUGUUCAGAUCAGGCCUGGUGGGGUUUAGUCUCCACGGAUCCCUUUCUCAUUAUUACUACCAAUUUUGUGAGGCUCUUUUUCCUUUCCAAGAUUGGUGGGUUGUCCCUGCCAAAGUUGCCUUUGACCAAACGGUGUGGGCGGCAGUUUGGAACAGCAUCUAUUUUGUGGUUUUGGGGUUCCUUCGUUUUGAAUCUCCAACCAAUAUUUUUAAUGAAUUGAAGACUACAUUUUGGCCCAUGCUGACUGCUGGGUGGAAGCUUUGGCCAUUUGCCCAUCUGAUAACCUAUGGUGUUGUCCCUGUUGAACAAAGGCUUCUUUGGGUGGACUGCGUGGAGCUCGUCUGGGUUACCAUACUCUCAACUUAUUCAAAUGAGAAAUCGGCAGCACGAAUAUCUGACGUAUCAUCUGAAGCAAAUCCAGCUUCUUCAUCAGGACCUCCUAAGGAGUAAAUGAUUUGGAAAGCGUGGAAAUAAGAGAAACUUUUCUAAGGCAGUCACAAGUAGUGAUUGACCAUGUUACACUUAUUUCUUGAAGCCUGAGAUUGUCAAUUGGAAUGUGAAGAAGUAUGGACCCUUAUAAUCUCUUACCUGCUGCCUUUGUUUAUACCUCUGUAAUUACUUAUAAAUAAAUAAAUAAAUAAAAGUCCUUAUUUCUGUAA